GUAUACAAUUAUUAAGCAAUUAUUGCAGUUUUGUAAGAAGAAAUAGAUAACCAACUGGACCGAAAUGUAAAUAAAGCUAUAGGUAUACUUUCAAUAAUGCAAAAAGGAUCAUUUGUUAUUUUUCUAUUAAUUUUGCAACAUGUAUUAUCUUCCAUAAAUAUACUUAGCAACAUGUUUCAAGAUAAAACUACUACAUUGGAUCUACCAUUGGCUUUAGUGACUUGUGGUUUGACAUAAAAACUUUUUGUGAUGAAAAUGAUGUUUAACUGAUCCUACCUUUUCAAACUCAAGCAUCUAAGCGAAUGAGACGUGAACCCAAUGUUUUUGAAGAUUUCAUUCUAACAACUACUACUGCCGCAGAAUCAUUUAAUAGUACUGAAACAAAUUGUGUAAAUGGCUAUUUUAAAAUAUUAGAUUGUAUAGUUGUAAAUUUGAAGAAAAGGUUUUCAACUGAAAGUCUUCAAAUGGCUGAAGCUGUAGACAAUUUUAUAAAAUUAGAUUUUAAAAAGAGUGAACUAUUUAUUAAUCAUUAUAAGGAUUUAUUGGAUGUAAAAAGUAUAAGUGUUCAAUCAGAAAUGCAUGUUGUGAAGAACUACUUACACUUAUCAAAUGGCAAAAGCGGUAUUAAUUUAGAAGCUUUGACUUCAGUACUUUCCAAAAAUAUAUACCCUAACAUAUCUAAGCUUAUACAAGUUGCACUUACUCUUCCUAUAAGUUCGUCAACAUGUGAACGUAGUUUUUCUGCAAUGAGAAGGAUUAAAACAUGGCUGAGGUCAUCCAUGGUACAGAAUAGAUUAAAAAAUUUAGCUAUAAUUAGUAUUGAGAAAGAUAUUUCUAUAAAAAUUGAUAAA